AUGUCUGAUUUGCAAGAUACGACGAGCAGCGGGUCAACUUUUAGGGAUGAUAGGGAUGAUGUAGAGGUGGUGGAUCAAAUGUAUGACGCCACGAACCAGAUGGGUGAAGACAUGCCCAUUGGUCUUGGUGGGAGCUUUGAGUACCAAGGUGCAAUAAGGAGGGUAAGAGGUGGGGAAGCAGAGGGUACUGAUAAGAGUGGUGAGGAUAGUGCCCAGGAAAACCAAGGAGGUGUAACAAUUGCCGUAGCUAGGUCGAGUGGGGAGAAAAGGGAGGGCGAUUGA